AUGGCAGACCUGUCCACAGAGGGCGCGGCCAGCUCGACCAAUUUGGCCUACCAUCGUCUCAGGAAGCUCUGGGAUGAACGUCGGGAUACAGCCACUUCGCCCCACUUCGCGCGUGGCGGUCUCCUUCACGCGCCGUCCGACCAGGAGGACUUCGAGCAAUUCUUUGAGAGGUAUCUCGCGUUUCUACGUCGACAACCUCCCGAUUACGGGCUGCCGCCCGCCGCCACCCAGGAACCACCCAAGGUGCCUACUCACAGCCGUAGUGGCGCAGCGCGCCUGGCUGCUUCACUGCCACCAGCAUUCGACCUCCGCUAUCGCCAAAACUUCGUGGUGGAGGCGUCUGGAACCAGGCGCAGUGUGGAUGCCCUCGACGCCUUGCUGUUUGCCAGCGUCGUGCAGCACUAUGAGGACUUUCGCCAGAAGCUGGCCAUGUCACGGCUUCGAAAACUUCGCGGAACGGUCGAUUCCCUUCCUGCCGCCGCGAUGCGCGAGCGUGUGGUGGACGCAGUCCGCACGCACCAGGUGGUGCUCGUCGCUGGCGACACCGGCUGUGGAAAAUCCACGCAGGUGCCGCAAUUCCUCCUGGAGGCUGGCUUCCGCCGGCUCCUCGUCACGCAGCCGCGGCGCCUGGCGGCAGUGGCCCUGGCCCGGCGAGUGGCACAGGAGAGGAUGGAGAGGAGCUCGUCAGCGGCCGUCGGCCAUCAGAUCCGUUUCGAUUCGAACCUCUCCGAGAAGACUCGAAUCCUGUCUGAGGCUGGAAGGCCUCCGCCUCACCGUCGCAAAGCCGCGAACGUAUUCGAUGAAGGAAGUUUGUCACGGAAGGCAUCCUGCUUCGGAGGUUAG